CAUGUCUGCACGUACUUAUCAAUCCGUGAAUUAAAGAGAGCCGGCAUGUAUCGUGAAACGCAGAAAAUACGAUUACACCUUCGUCGAAAUGUGCUUGAAACAAUUAAGAUCGCAAUAUUCGUGUAGUUUUACACGAGAACUCGUCACGAAAUCUAUUUACGAACGGUUGUCUGCGAAUCGAACGUACGUACAUAACCUGAAAACGACGUUUAAAUGUCUUUAAUAAGAGAAAAGUUUUUAUUUCGAAAGAAUCCUUUAAAAUGGCUUCACGAUUGAGCAACAAAGCGAAACUAAAGUCGCUGUUGACAGUAACGAGCACUGCUGCGACGAUGUUUGGUGGUAUUUGCAUUUACCAGGGUAACGAAAAGUUUUACAACAAUGUCGCUGUGCCUCUGGUGCAACUGUUGGAUCCCGAGAUCGCGCACACAGCAGCUGUGAAAAUUUUAAAAUGGGGGCUUCUUGCCAGGCAAAACACAGAGGAUCCUGCUUCUCUUGCUAUCAAUGUCUGGGAUCUACAGUUUAAAAACCCGAUAGGGAUGGCUGCCGGGUUCGACAAGCAAGGAGAAGCUGUAGAGGGUUUGCACAAUAUAGGUUUUAGCUUUGUAGAAAUAGGAUCUGUUACACCAAAGCCUCAACCCGGCAACCCUAAACCUAGGUUAUUUAGAUUACCAGAGGACAAAGCAGUUGUUAAUAGAUACGGGUUUAAUAGCGAAGGGCACGAUUCUGUGUGGCACCGCCUAAGAAAGCUCAAAGACAAUUCCAAGUUCCGUGGUAUCGUUGGGGUGAACUUGGGUAAGAACAAAACGUCCGAUGACGCGAUCCAAGAUUACAUAGAUGGUAUAAGGAAGUUCUCGGACGUGGCGGAUUACUUUGUAAUUAACGUAUCGAGUCCAAACACGCCCGGUUUAAGAUCUCUGCAGAGCAAGAACGAUCUAGAAAAGCUAUUGACGAAAGUAAACGAGACGAGGCAAUCUAUACGGAGCAAGCAGCCGUUGCUGCUCAAACUUGCCCCGGAUUUAUCGGACUCGGAGAAGCAAGAUAUCGCGGACGUGGUACUACGGAAGAAAUCCACAGUCGACGGUUUGAUACUGUGCAACACUACGGUCACACGAAACAAUUUAACGAGUUCUCUUAAAGAGGAGAGCGGAGGUCUCAGCGGAGCUCCGCUUUCUAACAUGUCCACGGUAAUGAUUUCGGAUAUGUACAAACGUACGCGUGGUACGAUUCCAAUAAUCGGCGUUGGUGGAAUAUUCACCGGAGCAGACGCUUACGAUAAAAUCAAAGCCGGUGCUUCUCUGGUGCAACUUUACACGUCGUUUGCGUACCAAGGACCGCCGAUCGUAGGGAAAAUUAAACGCGAAUUGAACGACAUGCUCAAACGGGACGGCCUAGCAUCCAUCAAAGAUGCGAUCGGAAAAGAUGCCAAUGUUAGAUAAUUAAAAUUUAUACGCCUACGGACAAACCUAUUUAAAGAUUGUUAAUUUAUUAUUGUUUGUUUUUAAAGUUAUAAGAUUGUUAUGUAUUCGGUAAUAAAAGAAU